AUGUCUCAAAAACAAUUAACAAUUGCCAAAGAACGCCUUUCAUUAAGACAUGAUGAAUUUAAAGGGAACUAUGAUAAGUUUAUAAAAAAACAUAAUGUUACAAAUGAAUUAGCAAAUGAAAUACUAUCAAAAAAAUUGGAAGAAUUAAUUGAAUGCCAAUCUAAGGAAGAAACACGUUAUAAAGCUGCUCAUGUUUUAAUUGCUUAUAUUGAUAAAUGUUUCAUCAUAAAUGAUGAAUUUAAUUGUAUACAAUACUUUUUUCCUGAAGCACUUAUUACAGCAGAAAAACUUGAUAAUCUUACACUAGAAGAAAAAAAUAAAAUGCCAAUGUUUGGUAUUCCAUUUUCAGUUAAAGGAAAUUUUUUAAUGCCAGGAUAUCCAUGUGAUUUAGGUUUAGCUAAAAGAUAUAAUCAAAUUGAAACAAAAAAAAAUAGUAUUGUUGAACAUUUUGAAACAUUAGGAGGAAUACCAUUUUGUUUUACAACUGUUCCUCAAGCUCUUAUCAGUUUAUGUUGUUCAAGUCCAUUAUAUGGAAUUACUAAAAAUCCUUACAAUAAAGAAUGUACUCCAGGAGGUAGUUCUGGUGGUGAAGCAUGUCUUUUAGCAACUGGUGGUAUACCAUUUGGUAUUGGAUCUGAUCUUGCUGGAAGUAUUAGAAUUCCUGCUUCAAUGUGUGGUGUUGCUGCAAUGAAACCAUGUAAAGAAACAUUAGUUGGUCAAAAUUCUGAUAAAGGACUAGGUGGAAUAUCACGUUUAACAUUAUGUUUUGGAUUUUUUACAAAACAUGCUUAUCAACAAGAAAUUCUUUGGAAAAUAUUUUUUAAGGAUGGUAGUUAUUGCAAAAAAGUACCAUUUAAUAUUCCUUGUGGCAUUAAAUUUGAUAAUUUUGUUAAACCAACAAAAGUUGCCUAUUUUAAAACCACUGGUUUUAUAGAUCCUGUUCCCUCAAAUCGUCGUGCUCUUGAAGAUGUUUUAGAAGUUUUGAAAAAUGAUGGAUGUAAACUUGUUGAAUUUAUAUUACCACCAGUUGAAGAACUUGCUGUUGUAAUAUUUAAUUUAAUUUUACCUGAUAAUGGUACUUGGCUUUGUGAUGCCUAUAAAGGAGAAGUUGUUGAUGAAUAUAUAAAACCAUUUUUCAAAGCUUUAACAAUACCAGAAUUUGUUAAACGUAUUGGAAGUUAUCUUGCUCAAUGGAUUAGUCCACAAGUAAGUAUAAUGGCUUCAACUGGGCUUUCUGAUACCAUAUCUUUACGUAAAGUUCAUGACGAUUUGGAUAAAAUAAUUGAUGAUUUUAUUCGCCAAUUUCAAGAAGAAGAAUUUGAUUUUGUUAUAUGUCCUCAAUUUCCUGUUCCUGGUAUUCCAUAUAAAAAUAUGGCUUAUUUAGGAGCAACUGCUUUAGAUAUGGCAUUGUGGAAUGCCUGUAAUUUUCCAGCAGGUGUUUUAACAACAGAUAAAGUUAAUGAAAAAGAUAUUGAAGAACUUGAUAAAGAGUAUCAAAAUGUUGGAUGGAAUUUUGUACUAAAAAAUGUUUAUGAAGGUUGUAAACAUACUGUUGGUAUGCCAAUUGGAGUUCAAGUUAUAUCAUUACCAUAUCAAGAAGGAAAACUUUUGCAAUUCAUGACAUAUUUAGAAAAGUUAAUGACAAAAAAGAAUUAA